AUGGGGAGGAAGAAAAAAUUCAUCGACAAGAAAAAAUCGGCCACAUUCCAGCUCAUGGCCCGGGACACCUCUGACCCGAACUACUCGCCCGACCCAUCUGGAGACCGAGUUUUUGUCCGGGUAGACGACAAUGAUUAUGCACCCGAGUCGUUCGAUGAGGGUGGUCCAGAUGGCGACCCUUUAACCUCCAACCCUGACUCGAUUUUUGCUGAUGCCCCUGAAGAUUCUGACGAUGAGUAUGUGGCCAAAAACUUUGGAGGAGUUCAAAACUGUAAGACCCAAACGAAUGGGUUGCCAGACCAUGUACGAAAGGAGAUUCUUGAACUUGGGUUUCCGGAUGAUGGAUACAAUUAUCUGGCCCAUUUACGGGAGAUUAAAAACACGGGAGGUGGUUCGACAUAUUAUCAGAAUCCAAAGGCUGAUUUUGUUCAGCUUCCAAGAGAUGUUAAGGCCUAUGAUGCUUCAAGGGUUGAGAUUUCCAAGAUAAGCGAUGUUUCUGAAGAGAAAUCAAUCUACAAUGUGGCAUCAAAGACUUUUGGCGUGAGAUUGCAGAAAGUGGUGGAUCCUGAAGUGGCAGCUAUGCUGGAAGAUGGUGCCUCGUCAAAGUAUGCUUCUGAUGUUGAGGACUUAGAAGAGGAUUUUGUUGUUUGCGCAAAUCUCUUAGAUGGACCAGCGGCUGAAGAAAAUGAUGAGAAGUUGAUUUUUGCUGCUGGCUCGAAUUCUGAUCAUGUAAAGACUCGGGAUUUGGGUACUUCCAGUGCAAAAGAGGAACAGGGAAGUGUUUCAGCCUUGGACAGUGAUAAGCCGAGAGUUCGCCGUCCUCUUGAUGAGCACUUUGAUUUGCUCGAACUCCAGGAAUAUGGUGACGACAAUGAGGAAGAAGAAGAAUAUGACGGGUACAUGGAUGACGAGGAUAACAAUCAAGAAAUACUCACAGAGAAGCUCAACAGUGCCUUCAAAGACUGCCCAUCGGGUCUUUUACGCCUCGGUGGGGCCGUGGAAGAAAACGAGCCUCCCGAGCCGACACCUGAGGUGAUUCAGCGGUGCAGAGAGUACGCAGAAAAGUAUGAAAAUGACGAUAAUGACCUUGAGGAGGUUUUGGUCGAGGAAAGCAGUGAUGAGUCUGAGUCUGCCGUGAAAUUAGAACGGCGUGAGGCACGACUAAUGAAGAAAGAAAUGAAGGGUCUCUACAAGUCGGAAGCCCACCGUGCCCAGAAAGUUGCAGCCUUUACGGGUCCAUCUUCUAUUCAUCUUAUGUGA